GGUUCCCUGCUGCUCUGCAUCAGUAACGAGCCAGUCUUGUGGCUGGGCUGGUUGGAAGGGAAGAAGCAGAAAGGAAGGUGAAAAAGGUCGUUUGGGUUUGUGUUUCCCCCCCACCUCCUCCUCAGAACAGCAAAAAGACUUGCAUCUAUCAAGCCACGUGAGCGUGUGGGCUCGCUCUUUGUGCUUGGCUGUUCGUGCCACAUGCAAGACCUUGACUCCAUUUCAGCCGCAUGCAUCUGCCCACCCUCCCCUCCUGGUCUACGGGGGCACCAGGGUGAAACAAGGCUUGACAGUUGGCUGAGAUUUGUGGUGCAAGUUCUGCUUUUCUCUGCUGUCAACCAGGGAAGUAAACUCCACAAUGACUGAGCUUCCCAGGGAGCAGGUGACGGAGCUGAACGAGCCUCUGUCCAAUGAAGAGAGGAACCUGUUGUCUGUCGCCUACAAAAAUGUGGUGGGGGCUCGGCGCUCCUCUUGGCGAGUAAUUAGCAGCAUCGAGCAGAAGACCUCUGCCGAUGGGAACGAGAAGAAGAUAGAAAUGGUCCGGGCCUACCGUGAGAAGAUCGAGAAGGAGUUGGAAGCGGUGUGCCAGGAUGUGCUGAGCCUGCUGGACAACUACCUGAUCAAGAACUGCAGCGAGACGCAGUACGAGAGCAAAGUCUUCUACCUGAAGAUGAAAGGGGACUAUUACCGCUACCUGGCCGAAGUGGCCACCGGUGAGAAGAGGGCGACCGUGGUGGAGUCUUCGGAGAAAGCCUAUAGCGAAGCCCAUGAGAUCAGCAAGGAGCACAUGCAGCCGACCCACCCCAUCCGGCUCGGGCUGGCGCUUAACUACUCGGUUUUCUACUAUGAGAUCCAGAACGCGCCGGAGCAGGCCUGCCACCUGGCCAAGACGGCCUUCGACGACGCCAUUGCCGAGCUGGACACCCUCAACGAGGACUCCUACAAGGACUCAACGCUCAUCAUGCAGCUCCUCCGCGACAACCUAACGCUCUGGACGAGCGAUCAGCAAGAUGACGACGGCGGAGAAGGCAACAACUAGACCCCCCCGAUGGACUGGCAGCCGCACGCUGAUGCUAACUACUGCAGUCUUUAUUUUUUUCCCACGAGUGGGGGGGGGGGUCAGGGGUGGGGGAGGGAAAGGGAGGGGACACCUUCCCAGGGAGGCCCCCCACAACCUGUCUUUGAUUGCCUCGUUGACAUUUUUGCCAAAACACCACUAGUGGAAGUCAGGCUGGCUGUGCUGGUAUGGAAUAGCAGCCUCACUGGCAUAUGGACUGUUCUGUAGAUUAUUAAUACAAGUGGAGCUGUCUUUAAUUUAACUUUAUUGCUAGAAAUAAAAGGGUUUUAAGAUGAAUUCGCGUGGAUGGAAUGGCCCUCGUUUUUAAGGAAAGCAACGCAAAAAAAAAAAAAAAAAAGGGAGUUCUGUGGUUCCAGUAAGGCUUCGUGCGUUUGUUUCUUCAGUCCAAGUGCCGUGUGUCCAUACCACGUCGCGGGGCGUCUCUCUGCAGCGCUCUGCCUGGCAGGGCAUAGCUUAAAAUCCCCAAAUUUAGAAGGAAUUAAAAAAAAAAACCAACCAACCAAACCACAACCUAAAGAAUUUGGGGCUUGCAAAGCCCCGGGAUUUAGGCCAUCCAAUCUUCUUUUUUUUUUUUUUUUUUCUUUUUUUUUCCUCUUUUGAUUAAGAUAUUUAUUAGGGUAGCUUACAGUAUUAACACUAAAUUGCAGUUUACAGUAUUUCUACAUUACAGCCAUAUGACAUCAAGCCUUUGAUUGUCUGUUUUUUGGUUUUUUUCUUUUGCUAGUUCUUUUGGCUUGCCUUCCUGAUCAGUCCUCGCCUGUGGACUGGCUUUAGCUAUUCUGUGUCGCCCAAGGCAAGAAGACCGCCCGCCCGAGGAACAUCAAAGCUGCUCUAGUUUUUUGGUCAACAGCUUAACAGGUGCUUGGCUAGCGGCUGUUUCAACUAUUUUAAGUCCACAGCAAAAGGUUUAAGAACUUCAUUAAUUAGACAAGGGGGAAGUGUUUCAACUUAAAAUGCCACUUAAAUAAAUAAUAAAAAAAAAUAAAAAAAAUAAAAUAAAUAAUAAUAAUAAUAAAAAAAAAAGAGCAUUCAGGUCUGUAUGUCAUGUACUGUGUUUGGUAUUUCAAAAGACCAUCCUGAUUUAAGGUGCCACAGCUGCUUCCUCAGGGAUUGCACUGCCAUUUCACUCUGCCUGACUUUCUCCCACUGUACCAUGAGGUUUGUCAGCAGAUCUCCGGCACCCAGGCUCCCUUGUUUGUCACCAGGGAAGCCAGGUGCGUUUUCCUUUCUCCUGGGGAAGCUUGUGGUGUAAUGAGUGAACUUCAGGAGCUUAGAAACUAAUUUGGUAGAGAAAUCCUCAAGGGAAGAGCUACAAUCAUAGACAUUUCUAUCAACCAUCGGGAGCCCAGGAACUUAGUUCUCUUCUUGGCAAAAUCCUUUCCAAGUCCAUCUGAUCUGGCAGGGGGUGGGAGAUGGGGCAUCUGAGUUGCUUAGCAGGUAAUACUUACCCCAUUUUGAGUAAAUUUAUUUUUUAAUUUCUAUUUUUACAUCGUUGUUGGAAGUUCACUGCUGUUCUCUGGCUCGCGGAGUGCUGUGCCACGUAGCUUUUCACCUAAAGCUGCACAGUAAGGAAAAAUCGCACUUGUGCUUUUUUUUUUUUUUUUUUUGGAAAACAGGCUUUCAUUGUCCCUUUUGAGAGUCAGUCCGCGAACAGCGCGUCGUGGCGUUGCACACACGGUACAGCCGCUCCUGCUGGUGGGUUGCAUGGAGAGAUGUCUCCAGCUCUAUCCUAUCUCCUCAGGGAGCAGCAGAGCCGAGGCCGGUGCUCGGCCUCCGGGUAUUGCCCUGGCGUUGCUGGCAAAGCUGUUGGGUUUUGACCGGGAUGCCUUCGCACGCAAAGUCUUGCCCAGCCUCGCCGGUGGCGAGCGAGCAAGCGCAGCCGCCGGGUGGACGGUGUGCAGCGUCCUGUGGCGAGAUGCUCGCGGUGCCGGUACGUGCCGUGGACUGGAAGAUCGCUUUAGGCUUCUUACCUUCCUUUGAUUGACCCUCGUGUCCCCUGAGCAGUGUUGUCCCAGCUGUAUAAUUUGGAAGUGAAUUUACUGGAAUUACAAAACCUAGCUUUUUUUUUUUUUUUUUUUUUCCUUCUUUUUUUUCUUUUUGGCUUUUGCUCUGGCUGCUUUAGGAAACUUUGCAGGAGAGAUGGCACAAGAGGGCUAAAAACAGAGUGGGGGUCAGGGACUUGAUUUUUAAGCAGCUUGAAUGGUUUCUUUUGUUUUUUAAGAGGUGCACUUGCCUAUGAUACUGUCUCUCCAGUGAAAUGAUUACUGCUCCAUUACUCUAUUGAUACAAUAUUGUGCAUGCUAGUGUCGUAUUUCUAUACAGUAGCUUGAAAUUUAUUAACUUAUACUGUAGAUGUUAUGUAUUCCUAUGACAAAAUAGUCUUCAAAAAUUUUUUAAAGUUUUUUAAUUUAUUUUUUUUUCUUUUGGGGGUAAAGUUUGCUCUACCAAAUAGUGAUCGUAACAAACUGAUCUGUUAUGGAUGUUGCUAUAGUGACAUGCAAUUAUAUAUGAUUUUGUUUUUAAAAAGGAAAAAAAAGCAAAAGAAAACACCAGUGUUAGCUUAAUCUUAAUGUCUGGUGUUCGUCAUGGUGAAAUUAUAACUAUUACAGUGUAGGAGAACAAUGACUGUGUUCUUUGAAUGAGCCUUUGUUUGUGCUUUUUGUCAUGUUAUGCAGUGAACUAUUUUUAAGGUCUAAUCAGUGAUUAUUUUUCCAACUCCGUGUUUCUGUAAGGAAUUAUUUCACACACGGACCAUUCUUAGCAGUUUUUCCUCAGUGAUGGAAUAUCAUGAAUGUGAGUCAUUAUGUAGCCGUCGUACAUUGAGCAAAUAAACUUACAGAUCUGACGUCA